GGUUUUUCUUACGUGUGAAUUUGACGUAUGUGCAUUUUUAUCACCAAUUUAUCACAAUCAUAAUAUUCAGGUAAAAUUAAGCAAAAAUAGUACCAAACUUUAUUAUAGGAAACGACAUCACCAAAAAAGCAUUGGAAUUGCAUUAAUUCCAUCCGUAAUGUUCCUCCGUUUACCAAAUCACUGGCACCAAAAAAUAGAAGGAAAUCAGCGUCAAAAGAAGUCAUCAAAGCAAACAUAAAAACAUACGUCGGAUUCUUGGAUAGCCACGCCGGAUUAAACGUUAACCCCCCUAUCUAUAAGAAAUAAUGAAAAUUUGCUUCAAACCAUACAUCGUACUGCUGCUUCCCCCGCUACUUAUUUUCCACCUAGGAACGGGCGAGUUGCAAGGUCCGCUCUCAACGUCUAAAGAUGUUGCUGCUCAAGAAACUUCACUCAAAGGGCAAUCUACGCAGCCGGAAACGGGUGCAGAGUCUGGGGGAAAUGCAGCUUCCGUAACAGAGAGCAACACUUCAGACAAUGAACGCAAGUCCGACAAAUAUGUUUCUGAAAAGACACCUUCGGAGUCACCGGUGGUUCAGGCACCUGGUACUACAGUAGUACCCAUGUCAGCUUUUGAAGUCGAAUUUGGACAACGUUCCAAAAUUUUGCAACAAGCGUUAUUCGAACGUCUCUGGAAUGAAAAACUUGUUCGUGAAAAGUUAAAGGAACAAAUCGAAGCUAUUGAAGCACGUCGAGAAGCGCCAGAUGUUGUAGAUCCAACGCCAAAACAGAUAGAAGCUCAAACCUUCUACGAAAAAGCCAUGGAUAUGCUCUCAAAACCACGCAGUGAUAAAGUUUUGGCGUACAAAUUUAUAAUCCGUGCAGCGGAAAUGAAUCACCUUAAAGCACGUGCCGAGUUGGCCUGGGCUCAUUUGCUUGGUAAUUAUGGUCAUUAUGUUAAGCCAAAUUUCGAGUUGGCUGCUGCUGAAUUUGAUGAACUUGCGAAAGAAGGUGUGCCAGAGGCCAAUAUGGGUCUUGCUUUCCUGUACUCUGUAGGCGUCGGUGGUAAAAAUGUUAGUCAACCAUUGACAUUAAUCCACUUAACACUCGCCGGAUUAGGUGAGCAUACUUUUGCUCAAAUGGCUCUGGGAUAUCGUUAUUUGUAUGGCAUCAAUGUGCCAAAUAACUGCGAAAAGGCUCUCAUGUAUUACAAAAAAGUUGCAAAAAAAGUAGCAGCCAAGGUAACAUUUUCUAACGGCCCUAUCGUUCAUCGUGUGCGUUUGCUGGAUGAAUCUGAAAAUCCGGGCAGUCAAGAAACGGAAAUCGUCGACUACUAUCAGUUGUUAGCUGACAAGGGUGACGUGCAAUCGCAAGUUGGACUCGGCCAGCUCUACUACCAAGGUGGAAAAGCUAUACAACAAGAUCACCAGAAAGCUUUGGAGUAUUUUACUCAAGCAGCAAAUGCAGGCAACGCAAUAGGAUUUGCCUUUUUGGGUAAAUUAUAUCUAGAAGGAAGUGAAUUUAUCAAAGCUGAUAACGAAACUGCAUUUAAACAUUUUAAAAAAGCAGCUGAAUUAGGCGAUCCAGUGGGACAAAGUGGUUUGGGUUUAAUGUACCUCAAAGGGCUCGGUGUGCCGAAAGAUUCGCUUAAAGCCUUAAACUACUUCACGCAAGCGGCAGAUCAAGGUUGGGUUGAUGGGCAGCUGCAAUUAGGCAACAUGUACUUCACGGGAAACGGCGUAAAAACGGAUUAUAAAUUAGCGCUUAAAUAUUUCAACUUGGCUUCACAAUCGGGCCACGUAUUGGCUUACUAUAAUUUGGGUAUUAUGCACACAUAUGGCAUGGGCAUGCUACGUUCCUGUCCAGCAGCUGUGGAAUUCUUUAAGAAUGUUGCGGAACGAGGUCGAUGGAGUACGAAUAUGAUGCAUGCCUAUAGCGAUUACAAGAACCAUCGUUUUAACGAAGCAUAUAUGCAAUACGCUUUAUUGGCCGAGUUAGGCUACGAAGUAGCUCAGAGCAACUCAGCUUUUCUUUUGGACCGUGGCGACGUAAGCAUUUUCCACGAUCGACAUGAGGAACUUAUACGCGCCUUUUACUACUGGAAAAGGGCGGCGGGGCAAGGUUACUCAGCUGCACAAGUAAAAUUGGGCGAUUACUACUAUUAUGGCUGGGGGACGAAUGUAGAUUUUGAAACGGCUGCUUCACUAUAUAGAAAAGCAUCGGAGCAGCAAUAUAAUGCACAAGCUAUGUUUAAUCUUGGCUACAUGCACGAACAAGGUCUUGGCAUGAAAAAAGAUUGGCACCUAGCCAAGCGUCUCUAUGACCUUGCUGCGGAAACAAAUGCCGAUGCGAAGGUGCCGGUAGCUAUAGCACUACUCAAACUGCAAAUGCUUUCGAAAAUUGAAGCAAUUAAACAGUCACCUUACAAGUUUAUUUUCUACAUGGAUGAAAAUAUUGCCGCUAAUUGGGAUUUAUAUAUGAUUACUAUUUUAACUCUUUUACUGGGAUUUAUUAUGUAUACAAGACGUCCAUAUCAACAGCAACAACCGGCCGAACAACAGCAUCAAGAACAGGCGCAACCUGAAACGGACCAAGUGGAUCAACAACCACUGCAACAACCAGAAUAACGAUUUUUUCUCUAUGAACGGAUGUGGGCUUGUUGAAAUAAGCAUACAAAAUGUGCUCCACUAAAUAGUAAUACUUUAAUAGGCAUAAUUAGUUUAUAUGCAUGUAUAUAUAACAGUUAAUAAUUUAAUAUUGUUUAUUACAAUACAUUACCAUUAACAAAGCCACCACCAAAUCCACUAUAAACCGUUGCUCUGUGGCAUGCAGCUUUGACUACCUACAUAUUUGUCGUUUGCAUAGAGUGAGUGAACAUGUUUUUUAAAUUUAAAAAGUAAAGACAAAUCUACCUUACUAAUAGAAAUUUCAGUAUCGAUUUUGAGAUUUUUUUCGCAAACGAGAAUAAUCCUUCAUUCUACUUCAAAGUUGCUUGAAUAAAUUAUUUUAUACCAUA